UACCCGCCCUACGAGGUGGCGAGGCAAUCUACAGAGCACCCCCAGCCCACACACCCAAUGCGGCAACACGCCAGCCAAUCCCAAUCCGAACCACAGUACCACCACCAUCGACCUCCAGCUCGGCACCGACCCACAUCUCCAACGCCUAAUGUUGCCGCCUCUGCAGGUGGCGAGGAAGACAGGAGCGGCGCGCCAAGUGUGGUUGGCCAACCGGGGAUGCCCGCGCCGGCUGUACGACCCAAAGGACCGAAGCUCAAAUUCACGCCGGAAGACGAUGCGCUGCUGGUGGCGCUGAAGGAGACGAAGGACCUGACGUGGAAGCAGAUUGCGGACUUCUUUCCGGGCCGGAGUUCGGGGACGUUGCAGGUGCGGUAUUGCACAAAGUUGAAGGCGAAGACGACGGUGUGGACGGAUGAGAUGGUGUCACGUUUGCGAAAUGCGAUGCACGAGUACGAAGCGGAUCGGUGGAGGAUCAUAUCUGCGAAAGUGGGGAACGGAUUCUCGGCGGCAGCAUGUCGAGAGAAAGCCAUGGAGGUGGGAGAGGAGGGCGAGGAUAAUAAUACGCAAGUCGCGAGGAACGUGCGGCAAAGGUUGGACAGCGCGCAGGGGUGAGGGCUGGCAUGCCUGAUCGGACUGACGCAACCGUGGAAUGGGCAGCAUGCACGCUGUCGACUUCUUCCGUUGCUGCAUAGCUUGGCACGUACCGGCGAUUGUGGACUGGCAGAUGGAGCUUGUCCGAAUCGGGCAGGAGUGGGGUUGCAUUUUCUUUUUCUUGUUCGCACUGUGGCGGGCCACGAUGCGAUAUGAAUGUACGAGAAUUCUACGAAUUAUGCG